CACCUAUAGCUGCAACCGCGUGGAAGGCCUGCUGGCUCCGGCUGAGAUCCGGCCGGCACUUUUCUUGCCCUUAAAACCUAAGGUUGCUCUGCCCGCUUGUGUGGAGCUGCGAUCUGUAAGGCGUUGGGAGCUGCAGGCGGACUCGGGGGGCCCAGGAACCAGAAAUGGACUCAGUGGCCUUUGAGGAUGUUAAUGUGAAGUUCACCAAGGAGGAGUGGGCUUUCCUGGAUCCGACCCAGAAGAAACUCUACACAGAUGUGUUGCUAGAAACCUUCUGGAACCUGGCAUCAGUAGUGUGUAUUUUAGAAGAAAAAUGGGAAGACCAUGAUGGUGAAGAUCAGUAUGAAAAUCAUGGGAUGAAUCUUAGUAGUCAUGUGGUAGAGAGACUCUGUACAAGGAAGGAUGGUGGUCAAUGCAAACUUCAGCCACACUCCAAAUCAUAAUGAAAAGAAGGAAACUCCUACUGAAAUAAAACAACCUAAAGCCACAUUGUGUAGGCAAAUCUUCAUGGAUUAUUUAUCCUUGAAUAACCACCUGAGCUCUCACAUUGGACCCAAACUAUACCUGUGUCAGGAAUAUGAAAAAAACCCUUAUAAAUGCAUGGAACCUGAGAAAGCUUUCAGGCAUCACCAACAUAUUCAAAGACAUGAAGGCAGCCCCAGUGGGAAAGCUUUCCACUAUUCAACUUCCCUUAGAAAUCAUGAAGGAACGGAUAUCGCUGGGAAACCGUAUGAGUGUAAGCAAUGUGGGAAAGGCUUUAGUAGUCUUAUUUACUUUAAACUUCACAAAAACACUCAUAGUGGAGAGAAACCACAUCAAAGUAAGCAAUGUGGCAAAGCUUUCAGUUCUCCCAAGUACUCUGGAGAAAAUGAAAGAACACACACUGCAGAAAAGCCCUAUCAAUGUAAGAAAUCUGGCAAAGCUUUCAGUUCCAUUUCUCUUAGAAAUCCUGAAAGAACUCAUACUGGUGAGAAAUCUUAUGAAUGUAAGCAAUGUGGGAAAGCCUUCCGUUCUCUCAGUUUUCUUGUAAGUCAUAAAAGAAGUCAUGCCGCAAAGAAGCCUCAUGAAUGUAAGGAAUGUGGUAAAACAUUUCCUUAUCCUUCUUUACUUAGAAGUCAUGAAAUAAUUCAUACCCGGGAAAAGCCCUAUGAAUGUAAGCUUUGUAGUAAAGUUUUCUCUCUUUCAAGUUCCCUUCGAAAACAUAAAAGAAUUCAUACUGGUGAAAAAUCUUACGAAUGUCAGCAAUGUGGUAAGCAUUUUAGUUUUUACACAUCUCUUAGAAAUCAUAAAAUAAUGCAUGCUGGGGAGAAACCAUAUGACUGUAACUGUGGGAAAGCUUUCAGGUAUUCCAGUUCCCUUCGAUAUCAUGAAAGAAUGCAUACUGGGGAGAAGCCCUAUGAAUGUAAGCAAUGUGGGAAAACCUUCCGUUGUCUCAAACAUCUUCGAAUACAUACAAGAAGUCAUGAUGGAAAAAAGCCUCAUGAAUGCAAGCAAUGUGGUAAAACUUUCUGUGAUGCAUAUUCCCUCUGACGUCAUGAGAGUAUUCAUACUGGGGAAAAACCUUAUGAAUGUAAUCAUUGUGGUAAAGCUUUCUCUGAUCUAACUUACCUCCGAUGUCAUGAAA